AACGGAUACCAAACAGCGGCAGCCAGCACCUUUGCAUCGAGCUAAAGCUGCUCCAACCAGUCGUUACUCUACACUCCUGAGCUCCAGAAUCUUGGGUUGCACCAGCUCAAGCUCAACGCACAACACCGCUUGGGUUGCACCAGCUCAAGCUCAACGCACAACACCGCUACCGAAACCGCUGCUUCCGCCUCCAUUGCUUCAGAAACGUCUUAAAACGGAUUGACGGGGACCGACGACGCUCUCGGUCUUGCCAGUCUGCAAUUUACCGCGAGCCGCUCAAGUCUCCGGCCCAGACGCCACCACCCGACUCCGAAGAGUAUCAACCAUGCGGAUCUAUUCUCUCCUGACGCUUCUAGCAUCUCUACAGGCUGCACUAGCCCAACAAACCGCUCCGAAUCAUGAAGAAUGCUAUGAAAUGCCUGUGGUGAUCGUCUCGGCGCUGGACCGGAGCUUCCCGGACCCAACCUGCAACCAACUGCGCUACCCCGCAGACGACUGCCUCAAAGACGCCGUGCAGACCCGUGUCGAGGUCAUUGACAAUGGCGACGGUAAGCUCAACUGCAUCAACGGAGAGCGCACCGCCGUGUUUGAGCACUCCAAAUCCAACUACCGCGGCCAGACGAGCCUCUUCUUCGCCAAGCACCAGUUCAACAUCAAGUUCCCAGAGGACACGUCGUUUCUGGGCAUGGUGGAGAACAAGGCGUUCGUUAUGAACGGGCCUUUCCUCGAUUGCACCCUAUUGCGGAACCACUUGGCCCAUUGGUUGUAUCGCUCCACAGGCCGGUACUCCGUCAAGACUCGACACACUGUCGUCUAUAUGCGCACCGAUCCCGCUCAGGAGAACCCCCAAUACUCCGGUAUCUUUCUACUAUUGGAGAAGCCCACGUACGACAAGAACCACGUGAACCUGGCAUCCAUUGACGCCACAUGUGCUGCUCGUAACCCGAAGGUGAUGAACGGAGGUUGGGCGUGGUCGAACGACCCGCCUAGCUACGGUUCCUACUCGCCCAACAUGGUCAUCGACCAGUAUCAGAACGAGUUUGGCAUGGGUGAACGCCCCGUACUGGCGCAUCCAAGCGGAUCGUCGCUCUCGCAGCAGAUGCGCGACUAUUUCGUCAACACGGAGACGGGGUUCCUUCCGCAGAUGUACAGUGUGCUGUGGAACAACAUGACGGCGCCAUUGGAGCUGCAGAAGCACUUGGAUCUAGGAUCGUUUGCCGACUAUUUGCUGCACACGGAGAUGUCGCUCAACGUCGACGCCUACCGACGCAGCACCUUCUUCUUCAAGGACCGUGACCAGCCCAUUAACGCCGGCCCCGUAUGGGACUUCAACUUGGCGUACGGCAACGGAGCACGUCGCCACUUCAAAGACUGGAUCUACCCUCAGUACACGUACUGGAAGCGUCUCAUGUGCCACUCGCAGCUCGCGUCGCUCGUCAUUCAGCGGUGGAAGACGCUGCGUGGCACCAACAUGCAGAAAGCUGACGAUCCGGUGUUCGGCGUCUGGAGCGACGAAGCCAUCUCCAAGUUCCUGGACGCCAGCUCAGCGCCGGUGCACCGUCAGCUGUCUAAAUGCCGCGGUGGAGACUGGCGCAGCGACGUCGUUCAGUGCGCCGUUGUCGACUUGAAGACUUGCAACGGGACUUACGCCGAUCAAGUGACCGAGAUGCGUGAAUCGAUAUUGGACCGUGCGCAGUGGAUGGACGAGCGGAUCGAGCAGCUCUACAAGCCUCUGGACGCCAAAACGUGCUCGGGUGUGGGUGAUCUCCCAAAGUUCAACUGCGGUCUCGACGGCAACGACGAUGGCUGCCUUAAGAACGCUGAAAAGUACUACAAUGCCGUCACGUUCCCGCCUGUACGGAAGCCGUACACGGGUCCGUCUUGCGAGGAGAUUGUCGCUAACAACGCCGAUACCACCAACGGUGAAGAGAUGGCAGCACAGAUGACACCAUACCAGAAACCAUCGGUCGACUACUGCUGGCGGUCGGCUGGUAGCUACGUGUAUCCGCAGCAAAAGGGUGUGAAGGACAAAACGCUCACGCCAUUCUGCAGUGGCUACGGCUCGUGUGCGCAGGGACCCGGUGCAACGUGCAAUUGCUCUGCUGCCAUUCAGGUGGAGCACCCGUCUUGCCGACGUAUUGAUGCCGAGAACGAGCACUACAUGCGCGAACAGCAACGUAUCGCUGCUGCUGCUGCUGCUGCUGCAGUGAAGACAUCAACGGUGGUAGAUACGCAAACCGAGUCGAGUGAGAAGGAGGGCGUACUGAACAACGGCUCACCGGUGUCCGAUACAAUGGCUGUCCUUGCAGCUGCUGGUGCUGGUGUGGUGCUGCUGGUUCUGGGCACGUGGCUGGUGAAGGAGCACGGCCGUCGUCGCCGCCGUCAGCGCUUGAGCGAGUACACUCCAGUUCGAUACGGAAGCGUUGAGCAUGCUCGUAUCUUCGCUUCACAGGCGAACGUUUAGACGGGUAGGAUGCGUGUGCUAGUUGAAACUGAAGUGAUGGGAUAACUACGAAAUAAUGCAGACUCUUUCAUAUUCAAUUAUUCAAAUGUAGUUACUUGAGUG